UGUUGAGAGGAACUGUCAAAUGGAGCAAGGGCCGGCCGGACGUGUGAUGGGCGCCCAGUCAUAACGUUGAUCAACGACAUCGGAUGAACGAGGACUAGCUCUGGGAAGCUCUCUCCUGGACAAAUUCAUCCUCGCUUACUCUUCUACUUCCUCCACAUUCCCCUCCUUUCAGGAUCCGCCGCCCAUGUCUCCCUCCCUCCGAUAUAAGCCGCCCCUCCGCGUCCUGCUUUCGCCCUUCGCCACCACCUGUGACCAUGUCCGCCAAGUUCCAUCUCCGCCCCGUCGCUACCCUCUCCGACGGCUCUACCUCCCCCAGCACCUCCACCGCCAGCGAGCGCAGUCCCCGCUUCAACCACCGCCCCUCUGCCCAAGCCGCCCCACGCGGCCUCCGCCGCCCUCUGUCUCCGUCCUCCCUCCGAGACGUCGACCUCUCCUCUACUAAUGACGCGAGCACUAGACGAUACCCCGCCCCUCCGACCGGCCACGAACUGAUGGCUCUCUUCCCCGCCGCUCCACCGACCAACCACCGCCCUGGCCCGACGAGCGGCUACUUCCUCCAGCAGGAGCGAAACUUCUUCGCCCAGAAGGGCAAGGAGAUCGUGCGCGUCCAGAUCGAAGUAGACAUGCCCCGAGACGACGGCGACCAAAAGUCAAGAGCGCGCGACCCUGCAGCGCCUCGCCAAUGGACUGCGGCUCCUCCCAACGGCGUCCCGCCACACGCCACCGCACAGCGCUCUCCCCUGUCACACUCUCCGCCUCCCCAGUUCGCGCCGCCCUCCGCGGGUCGGAGAGGCGUGCCAGUCGUCCCUGUCUCUGCCCAGCCCGUCUACCCCGGACCACCAUCGAUGCACGCCGUCCACACGCACCCGGCAGCCCCUUCUCCGGUCGACGUGCCGCAUGCCGGCUAUCCGAUGCGCCCAGCACAGGAGCCUGCCAUGCCUGCUGCUGCACUAGGAAAACAGGUAGAGCUGCACCCGGACGAUUAUCGGGAUGAUCCUGACGAGGCGUGGCGUCGUCCGAUGCCACACAACGAGCGACGGCGUGCUGGAAAGCAUACGAAGCGUGUGAUUGUGAAUGGAUCUUGUUACUACCAUACCGUACUUCGCAUGCGCCGCUGACAUGCGCGUUCGUCGCGAAUGUGUUCGCGCUGAUGCCGAUGUAAAUCUGAUCCGAUGUACGCGCCGCAGCAGAUGAUAAUAAUUUCUCGUCUCGCCCCGGCCACCCCUAUACAACCGGCCAUGUGAUAUGAUACAGUCCGCUCUGAUCAUGAUCGACUCUCGGCCAUCAGCAGCCCAAAGAUCCUGUCCAAUCUCGCCCGAUAUGCUUCCGUGUGAUUGAACCAGACGCCGACCU